AUUGUCAAUAAAUUAUCAACACAAUAAAAGUAAAAAAAAAAAUGUGUUAAAUCGUUUUUGGGCUACUAAAAACAAGUGAAAAAAAGUGUGAUAAAUACAUCCCCGAACAUCGUUGUUUCGAUGAAGUGAUAUAAAAUUGACGCGAUCGCCAUUUUACGAUUGGAAUGCCAACGAAGAUUGAUGAUAAGUUGAUGGUUAUAUUGAUUGAAUCAUAUUGAUGGUGUUUAGCUGUCUACUCGAUCCCUAACCCGCCGCAUAUUUGAACUUCCAAAAAGUUUCAAAUCGAAAACUUAAUAAUGACUAGUGCAACGAAAAAGGACAGACAAUUCACUAUUGAAUUCAUAAAACAUUACAAACUGCUACCGACGCUAUGGAAUACGAAAUGCGAAAGUUACCGUGACCAUAACAUGAAGAAGAAAUGUUAUCUGGUAUUGUUGAAGAAGUACAGAGAGCAUUAUCCAACGGCAAGCUUGCACGAUAUGAAGAGAAAAUUGAACUCGCUGAGGUCGAAUUACAGAAAAUAUAGUGCGAGGCUAAAGCCAGGCGAUCCUCCGCCGAAUGUGUACUGGUAUAAUGAGAUGAAAUUUGUGUAUGGGUCAGAGGAGGUGGAAAACGAAAUUGAUGUCGAUGCAACUUAUGAUGAGCUGAAAUGUGAAGAAAUGGAAAUAAGUGUGGCUGACUCCUUUGACGACCAAGAGGAAGACCAUUUGGAAGAUGUGGAACACUUAGAAAUACCAGAAAGCGACGUAAAGUACUGGGAAAAUGACACUCCAAGCCCGCCACCACCGCGUGCCUCAAAAACCUCAGAAAAAUCAACUCCGAAAUUAAUUUACCGCACCACCACACCAAACAAACAGUCACAGCAAGCAAGUGUGCUACAGACUUCUGCAGUGCAUGAAGAGGAUGAAUUUGACUUGUGGGGUAAAGUGAUGGCUACGGAGUUGAGAAAGUUGAAUGCGAGGCAGCAGAUCUUUGCGAAGAAAGCCAUCACGGACGUCUUGUUGGAAGGACAGUUGGGACUGCUGAAAAGGAACUCUGUACAGAUAAAUAAAGCUGAUCGACAUGGUACUGAAAUAUGAGAUUUAAUUUGUGUAAUAACUUUUUAUCAUCCGUUAGAAGUAGAAAAAGUAAACUGACCACUUCAUAAGGUCAUGAGUCUUAUAUUACACAAUGUUAUUAUAACUCAAGUUAUGUUAUAGGCAUUCCAAAAUGGAAGCGCUUAUGUUGUACAAAUUGUACAAGUUGCUUUUAGUCCCGAUUAGGUAAGUGAGAAAUGUGCACGUGCUAAUGAGACUCACACCGAAAGAGUAAGAGACAAACUAAUGUUUAAUAAUGAGCAUAACAAAGAUG